AUUAUUAAAUCGAAUCGUAAAUACACGAUGGUUGUUUCUUUGCACGAGGCCAAUGAGCCGUGUUCAUUGCGUGUUGCCAUUGAGGGUCCCAGUUUCAAUGAGUCCAAAGUUGUUAAUUUACAACCAUACGAAUCGAAGCUAAUACAGUUUUUGCCGAAAAAAUUAAUACAAGGUAAUUACAAGUUAAAAGUUGAAGGCUUAUCAGGUCUGAGUUUUAAAAACGAAAGUCGUUUAAACGUUGAACCAAAUUAUGGUCCCAAAAUUUACAUACAAACCGAUAAGGCGGUCUAUAAACCUCAGGAUUUGGUGAAAUUUAGAGUUGUGAUAUUGGAUGAACAUACAAGGCCGUUAAAUAUUGUUGAACCAGUAGGUGUGGAUAUAUUGGAUACAGAUGCUAAUCGUGUUAAACAAUUUAGCAACCUCUCUCUAACAAAUGGUGUUUAUACUGGGCAAUUCCAAUUGUCCAAAUAUCCGGCCUUAGGAAUUUGGAAAAUUAAGGCUGUUCUUGGUGGAAGAUAUGCUUACUCCAACCAUAAAAAUAUUAAAAUAUUCAACUAUGUGCUGCCAAAAUUCAGUGUGUACCUAAAAACUCCUUCGGAUAUUGUUUUGGAUGAUAAAUACGUUAAGGUGGUAAUUUUUGGAAAAUAUACAUUUGAUAGACAUGUAGAAGGCAAUGCCUCAGUUGAAUUGUGGAAAAAUUAUGAAAGUACACUGUUGCAAACCAAACAUAUUGACAUAGAAAAUUUAGGUUUUGUCGAGUUCAAUAUUAAAAAUGAAAAGGAUGUUAAUGAUGCCUACAGUCUAACCAUCAAGGCUAAACUCACUGACAAGCACACGGGAACAACUGAAACCGAAAAGAAAAAUAUAGACUUGCAUAGGCAACGUUAUAAUUUGGUGAUUCCUUACGAAGCAAUAGAAUUUGAAAAUAACAAACCGUAUCGCCUGAAUGUUUAUGUGAAACAUUGGACUGGAGCUGCUGUUUUGGAUCACAAGACGCCAGUUACCAUGGAACAUGGAGAUGUUGUGUAUGAAGCAUUUUUGGAUGAAAAUGGUGUUGCGACUUUUGAGUUUGAACACGUUAAAAAUGCAAAUCAUAAAUUCCAAUUUAAAGAUUCCCAGGGAAUGUUGCCCAAUAUUUACGUAAACGAAAACUUAAUGUUGAACAAUAGGGAAUUCUAUUGUCGUCUGAAAUUGUUGGAUGAAAAGUAA